AUGACUUACACUCAGAACGCAGCCAAUGGCAAUACAAGCUUUGGCACGUACAAUGAUGUAGCUCGCGAUCAGUACAUUAUCAUCACAUAUGUCCAAUCAGGCUCAGGAGACGACGGCGCCCUAGCAAAAGUGAUUCCGAAACAGAUCCAAUCCGCAGUUGAUAAGGAAGUCCGAGACAAGUCUUGCCGUCGUGCUAUCGACAACAUCCGCAAGGCGAGUGUCAAUGGGGCGAUUGCCAUUAAGGGUGCCAACGGGAAUUAUUUGAGAGUUACCAACAGUGGUGGACUUGAAUUCAGCAGCCCUGUUGUAGACGACGAUGCUGUUUUUGUCGCCCAACUCAUAGGAGAUAAAUUGUCUUUAAUUGGAAACAACGGCAAAUACGUAAAUAUGUAUUAUCUUGAAGAUGUCAAGUGCGAAGGUCCUGGCGCAGGUCUCGUCGUCGGCGCCUCUCAACGUUCUCGUGGCAUGGUUAGCUUCACUAUCUCAGGAUAUCAAGGUCAGGAUGGAAAGACCUAUUACUUAUCAAGCGAUCCUGGUAAUGCGGCAUACCAUGGAUCUCUGGCUGUUAAGAAGGAAGAGGAUCAGUCAUGCCAAUUUGCAAUCGAGAAUAUAGUUAAACCUAACGUAUCGGGUACGAUCACCAUCAGAACUAUAGAUGGAAGGUAUAUGAAAGUCACUGGUACCAAUGGGCUUGAGUGUAGCAGCCAAGAUCUUGACGAUAACGCAAAGUUCAUAGUUAAGCAGAAAGGAGCAAAAGUGGCCUUGAUCGGAAACAACGGAAAGUAUGUUAACAUGUACUAUGUGCACGACGUGAAGUGCGAGGGCCCAAGUGGAGGACUCGACGUUGGAGUUGCCUAUCACUCGAAUGGCACAGUGUGUUUCACCAUCUCAGGAUAUCAGGGGCAAAAUGGGAAUACCUAUUACCUGUCAUGCGACACUGGUAAUGCAGCAUACAACGGAUCCCUUGCUGUCAAACGCGCCGAGGACUCGACAUGUCGCUUUGUCAUUGAUAACGUCGGGGGCUUGUCGGGCCACAUUGCCACUAAUAACAUGCAAGUCAGAUGCUUACUCUAUCCGCACUGGCUGAUAGUUUGCUUCAGACCAAAAAUCAGUGGAAUAAUAGCUAUUAAAGAUGUUCAUGGGCGGUACCUCAAAGUGACCGACAGUAAUGGUCUUGUAUUCCAAAGCAGAAAUCUAGAUAAUCAAGCCAAAUUUCAUGUCAAGCUUCAGAAUGGCCGCCUCAACCUCAUUGGGAACAAUGGGAAAUAUGUGAACAUGUACGGUAUCGACUAUGUCCAGUGCAAAGGACCUAGCGGUGGACUCACGAUGGGUGUUGUCUACCUCCCCAGUGGCAUCGUGAAGUUCACCAUAUCUGGAUAUCAAGGCCAGAAUGGCAAAACAAGUUUUCUAUCUAGCAGCUCUGGAAGAGCUGAUGAGUCUCUUGCUGUCGUUGAUGAGGGCAACGAGAGCUCCAAGUUUCUUGCAUGCAUUGUAAAUA